UCCUCACACUCCAUACUAAGAAAUCAUCAGAUCUAAAUAUAUACUCUUUAACUUCCUCUGAUAUAUAACUAAUAACAUAAUGACUCUGAAGAGAAGUAGAGAAGAAGUAGCAGCGGAGGCGGAGGCGCUGGCCAUGGCCAAUUGUCUGGAGUUGCUGUCCCGUCCGGCAGGCGCCACCGCCGCCGGCGAGAAAACGCCGCCGUCAGGAUGGGAAUUCGAGUGCAAGACCUGCCAAAAGAAGUUCAAGUCUUUCCAGGCUCUAGGUGGCCACCGGGCCAGCCACAAGCGCCCCAAACAUCUUGAACACAACAAUAAUGUGAAUAUCAAGAAACGACACGAAUGUCCGGUCUGCGGCUUGGAAUUUGGCCUCGGCCAGGCCUUGGGCGGUCACAUGAGAAAACACCGCGCCGACCAAUCACAUAGUGACGACAAGAAAUCCCCAGAUUUGUUAACAGUGACGACCCUCAAGAACGAGGAGCACAGCGCUGAGAUUAAGAAGAAGAAUGAGGUUUUGAUUGACUUGAAUUUUACGCUUCUAGAGAAUGAUUCUAUUGUACAUAGGAGAUUUGUUCCUACAACUUUGGAUUUGUUUGUUUAAUUUUGUAGUUAGUACUAGGAUUCAGAGUAGUAAAUUCAUUAGAAUGGAUUUUGAUUGAUUGAUUUUUUUUUUUAUCACUCG